GCCGGCGGCGCAGUUUCCCGCAGGCGGGGACUCCGGGGCCGCGGGCUGGGGGCCCCGGCAGCGUGGGGUACGCGCGGGGCAGGGUCCGGCGCGGCCGCCUGGCUCCGACUCCGGGAAGUGCUGCCUGGGAGCGACGCGCUGGCCACACCUCGCUGGUGGCGUCCCGGCCCGAGGCCCAUCUGGGACCUCCUGGCACCCCCCACUCCCGCGGGUCUUGGGACGGGCAGCAAAUUUUCCCAAGCCUCAGCUUCUGCUUUCGAGAAAUAGGCGUAGUAACUGUGCCCGCAGGGGUCCUUGAGGAGGUCGGGACUAGGGCGGGGCACGUGGGAAGCACAGGUGCCUCUGGGGUCCUAACUCCAGGCCCCAUCCUUGCGCAGUCAGGCUUCGCCCUAGACCCACGAAUGGCAGAAACUAAGGGAGGCGAUGCGACUGAUAACGUGCGGCCAGAGACCAGACUCUGGACGCCUGGGAUGAAGAGCCCCUGGCCCGGGUCCCUGGAAAUCUGAGGGGUCCACCUCCUUGGUCAGGGCUCGUAACCAGUGUUGCCCCCACAGGCCUGUGGGCGCCCCCUCCCUGCCCUCCCCUGCCAUGGCCCUGGUCAGCAUCAACGAGCUGCCCGAGAACAUUCUGCUGGAGGUGUUCACGCACGUGCCCGCCCGCCAGCUGCUGCUGCGCUGUCGCCCCGUCUGCAGCCUCUGGCGAGACCUCAUCGACCUGGCGACACUCUGGAAGCGCAAGUGCCUGCAGGAGGGCUUCAUCACCGAGGACUGGGACCAGCCCGUGGCCGACUGGAAGGCCUACUUCUUCCUCUGCAGCCUCCGCCGGAACCUCCUGCGGAACCCGUGCGCUGAAGAGGACAUGACAUCCUGGCAAAUUGACUCCAAUGGGGGAGACCACUGGAGGGUGGAGAGCCUCCCUGGAGACCAUGGCACAGAUUUUCCGGACUCCAAAGUCAAGAAAUACUUUGUCACAUCUUUUGAGAUGUGCCUCAAGUCCCAGCUGGUGGACCUCAAGGCCGAGGGCUACUGGGACGAGCUGCUAGAUACCUUCCGGCCUGAAAUCGAGGUUAAGGACUGGUUUGCUGCCAGAGCAGACUGUGGCUGUACGUACCACAUCCGAGUCCAUCUGGUCUCAGACAACUACAUUGUCCUGGCUUCCUUCGAGCCCCCGCCUGUGACCAUCGAUCAGUGGAACAAUGCCAAGUGGACAGAGGUCUCCCACACUUUCUCGGAUUACCCCCCAGGGGUCCGCCACAUCCUCUUCCAGCAUGGGGGCAAGGAUACCCAGUUCUGGGCAGGCUGGUACGGGCCCCGCAUCACCAACAGCAGCAUCAUGAUCAGCCCUAAGAUGACCAGGGACCCGGCCCCCUCCACAGCUCAGCCUGAGACCAUGCAGGGGCAGAAGGCUGCCCGCCUGCCCUCCUCACUUCAUCUCCACAGGCCCUUCUGACACUCUGUCAUCUGCUGGCCAUUCAUCCGUCCUCUGUCUGGGCCAGUCGACUUCCAAAGGUCCCCUCCAGCUCAGCCUGUAGUGGGCAGUGAGGGCCCCUCCCCCGGGAGCGCCUGCCCCAGUUCCAACCUUGAGCAAACCCACGUUUGUGGCUAACUCCUGCAAUAUACUCUGACGUUUUGUGACAAUAAAUGUUUUCAGUAAAACCA